AUGAGGGAUGCAGUUCAGUUAUUGACUAGAUUAGUGUCGGGGCAGGCUCGCAGACACGGAGCAGGAGGUGGUCAUGCAGACAGAUACGAUAGUUUGAGGGUUCGUGAUUUCUUGACAUGUAACCCCCCAGAGUUUUAUGGGUCACGACCAGCAGAGGAUCCACAGGAUUUUGUCCGACAGAUGUUGCGCACGUUGAGGGUAAUUCGAGCUACUGAGACUGAGUCCGUGGAGUUGGCUUCGUAUCGAUUACGUGAUGUGGCUGUUAACUGGGAUUCAGCCCAGAUGAGGCCACCUUUACCUCAGUGCCCUCGAUGUGGUAGGCGUCAUCCGGGGGAGUGUCGUCGUAUUACUGGUGCUUGUUUCUCUUGCGGCCGUCAGGGCCAUACUAUGAGGGAGUGUCGAUUUGGCAGUAAUGCCGGUGGAGCAGCUCAGCCUAUUGAAUCAGUUGCGCUG